GAAGGCAAAGCGUGUGCGGCCUCGAGUUCGAGUGUGAAGUGAUGAUUGCUUCUGAUUCAGUGCUUUCGAUGUUGACGAAGACGUAACUUUCGCCGAAAAAUCGAUCGAGCUGAAGGUGCGAAUUUCGAUGUGAGUGCGCGAAUUGAAGUCCGGAAGUCCUAGCGGCCUUCUUUUGCAAGAUAUAUAUUACGGAAGUGAUCGGGGGAAAAAUCCUCAGAUGGGAAAAAAUAAAGAGCUAGAUUUUCUGUGAGUAGUGUCCGCGAGGCGCACUUGGAGUGGUAAUGUGAUAGCGGAGACCGGACCGGGCAAAAGACGACGGCCAAGUGAUUUGUUGAUUGUGAUUCUGGUAAACAUGCUCGGGGAAUGUGGAACGUGAAUGAUUCGGGUACUAUUUUUCCUUCUGCGUUGUUUGCUUUUGGUCGGAAAAAGUUCGUUUUUUGUGCAAUCAGUCUGAAUGGCAGUGAAGAAGAGGAUGCCGGUGGAAAAAAGAAUUUCCCUCCGUGGGGCUUAGUUCUUGAUGAUGGUCGAUUGAGAUGCGAUUCAGUGGUAACCUAGAACGGAAGAAAUGGAAGAAUAAAAAACUGAACGAGUGUCGUAUAUCGAGAAAUUGAAUUUUUAUGACCGUCGUCCCGCAUGCAUUCGAAAAGUGUGUCAACCGAAGUUCAUCAUAUUGGUCUCUAUUCGGAACAGAGAACAGAAUAAAGUCAUCCGGAGAGUCGAAGGCGGCUCGCAGAAUAAUGGAUCCUAUUCUGGGAAGAAAGUCAAACAUAAAAAGUGAAUCCCACAUAAGUGAGUGAGCAAAUGAUAUGUUUCGUUCUUUUUUUUCGGGGAUUUGUUAUGCUAAUUUCAUGUUUGAAAAAUUUCACGAUGCAAUAAAGUUGAGUGGUAAAACCGAAAUUGUGUGAAACAACAAAAUACAACGCUGCCACACGUUUUACAAUCCUCACGCGAGCCGAGUGAGGAUCUAAAUUGAUUCGAUUGUUCAAAGUGACUUUGAAGAGGCGGGAAGGAAAUUUAUGCUGAACAACAAAUUGAAAGCGGAAAUUAAAGAUGCAACCCAAGUGAAGCCAGUAACUUGUAUUUACAGACGCAAACCCACGCGACGAUGGCGGUGAAUUUGUGAACGACAACGCCCCGCGCUGCAGUUGGAAGUGAAUGAUUGGAUAAUUGGCGUCGGCGAAAUUAAUUGAGGUGUAUUCACGUCUGGCUGAGGGGACAGAAUAAGUUUUGGCUAUAAAUGUAGACAGUGAAAAGGCACACGAUAGCGUGUUUCUCCAAGACAUUGCACUGGAACAAAUGGAGACGGACAGUGUGAGCUAGAAUUGUACGAUCCGGGCGACCGAAGGUCGUCUCAAUCUGGCAUUGCACGACAAGAGGACAAAACCCACCGAGCAGCAAACAUCACUAGAAAAAGGAAGCCGAAGAGGACGGAGGAACGGAGAGGGAGAGAGAGGAACUGACAAAAUUGAAUUCGGAAAACCUUUAACAGCCCGGGUGGAAGUAAAUUUCGGUGAAUAAUGAGUACGCAGUCAGUGAACUAAACGGUUUUUUCGUCUUCCGCAAACGGAACGCUGCUGCCGGUGUUUCCGGUUUGGCGUAAUAAAUAAAUUACCGUCGAGGUUUAACCCCGUGUGCGGACCGCGCGGGUAGUGUUGGUGCAGUUGACGUCGCCUUAACCCCGUUCCUCGUUUCGGGCUCACACCACACCAGGACACCGACCGAUAUAACGCGCCCCAAGAUCUGCGUGAGAAAGGUUCGUUUACGACAUUCCCUAACUAGGACUAUAAUGAAAAUUCUUUCCCCAUAAGAGCUUCCUGGACCGGUUCGUCGACAAAAAAAAGCAAACCGUCUACCAGCAGGCAUCCUAAUUAAAUUCAUCCCUCUUGUUUUCCACUGAUUCAAACAUUGCAACGCCAAAAGGAACUUUUUUAUGGAAGGAUGUCUUUCAAAUCAGCCGCGUUUAAUUGAAUCCAACGCUCGACAACGCUUCAAACGAACCUUCCCACCCCCACGAAAAGCAACACAACAACAACAAGCGGCGGACUCUCUCUCGCUUAUCUCCACCACACGGCAAACGAAGGAGGGAGAUAACGUGACACAAACCAUGACAGCACCGCUGACAGCCAUCUGUCCCUCCCGGCGGGUCGUCGCCGCCGUCUUGAUGGUGCUGCUGAUCUGCAUACCGGAGCGGAUAAUUGGAUUCUGUCCGUCGCUGUGUACCUGCGAGGCCGAUCGCAACCUCCGGACGUCGUGUAUCAACGCAUCCCUCGAAGUGGUCCCCAUUCAGCUGAACCCGGAUGUGCGACACAUCAAUCUCAGCUCGAACGCAAUUACCAAUGUGCACUUUACCCUCGGGUUCUACUACCAGCUGGAGGUGCUGGACAUCUCCCACAAUCGGCUCGAUACGCUCGGAUCGAGAAACUUCGAGGCCCAGGAGAAGCUGCGGGUGCUCGAUCUUAGCAGUAACGUACUGACGGCCCUGCUGAAGGACAGCUUCCGGGGCUUGGCACGGCUGGGAACACUCCGAUUGAACGAUAAUCGGAUAGAGAAAAUUCAUCCCACGGCCUUCCACGGGCUGUCAAGUCUAACCGAGCUGGAUCUGAGCGACAAUCAGAUCGUCAGUUUCGAGGAUGACGUCUUCAAACCGCUGCCAGCGCUCGAACGACUCUCACUUGAGAAUAAUCAAAUCCUUGAGGUGCCCUAUGAUAGCAACUUGGAACAUUUACGCUCGCUACGGCACUUGGAGCUUUCCGUGAAUCUGGUUGAGUUUAUUGCGAACGACAGCUUCGAGGCCCUCCGGGAACUACGGACGCUCAAUUUAGCCGGGAAUGUGCUGACGGAGCUGGAUCUGGGUGUGUUCAAUGGACUGAGCGCGCUGCAGCAUCUGGAUAUGGCCGAUAACAAUCUAACGGUCAUUCCAACAUUGCAACUUUCGAAGCUCUACAACUUAACUUCACUCUCGUUGAGCGGAAAUUCCUUCGUCCAGCUUCCGGCAGUGUCUUUCCUGAAUUUGUUCCAUCUGAGGGAGCUGCACCUGAACCGUUUGGAUCGGCUUGAACGCAUCGAAGCAAGAGCGUUUGUAGACAACACGUACCUCCAGAUUCUGACGCUGGAUGACAACCCAUCGUUCAGUGCGCUUCCCGUGAGGCUGUUCCAUGGCAAUCCACAUCUGAUCGAUAUAUCGAUUCGACGCAACGCUUUGCUAUCGCUCGAUGCGGUGCAGUUCCCACUGGAUCGGCUCCAGCGAUUGAAACUGGCCGGCAAUCCGUUGGUUUGUAAUUGUUCGAUCCGAUGGCUGUGGCGACUAGUUACGGGGACUGUGGAUGAGGACGAUAGUGACGGGGUGGGGAUGAUGGGUCGAAGCGGGGACAAUUUGGCCAACAUCACCACGGUAUUAAUGAUUGAUAAGGAUGAGAUCGGGUGUGAUUUGAAUGAAGAUGGUUUGGUCACGAGGAGAAUACUGAGGAAUAUGUCCGAGGGGGACAUCAAUUGCCCGGCUCAUCUGGUGACGAUACUUAGCGUCGGAUGCAGCAUCUUCAUUGUUCUUCUUGUGGCACUCGUAGUGGUAUUCUACAGGAGAAGAAUACACCAUAAGAAGAAAAUUCUACAGGAGCGGAAGAAUGUCCACGAGAGGAUCGUCCCACAGAAGGUAGAUAAGCUCGAGUUGGAGCGAUACCUGGCUCAACAAGUGUUGGCGAAUGAUUACCGUGAACUGAGACCUUGUGAUGUUCAGACGCGUUAUGAUAGCAAGUGUUCUACACAACCCCUGCACAGUCCCGAUCCAGAGGAAUCCGAUCACUACGAGAACAUCGAUUACCUCCAACAUCAGCGAGCUUUGAACCACCACAACCAUCCCUACCACCAGAAUCAACAUCCCCAUCCAUACCAUCAGCAGCCACAGAGUGCACCAGCUAUGACCCUCCAGCAUCCCAAUCACUACUCACAGAAGUACCCUCCAUUGCAUCAUCCAGAGGCCAACAAUACCCUCCCGGUACAUCCCCAGCAGCGAACCCAGCAACAGAACCAUGCCUAUUCUCCGAAUUUCUUCAUCUACGCGCUGUAUUCCCACUUUAUCUUCCUGCUGUUGAUAUUAUGAUGAAUUACAGCAAUCCCAAGGCCCCCAAGGUGCUCCGAAAAGCUCAAUGCGCUGUGUAAAACCCCCUCCGGGUGGAUGUUUCGUUUACUAGGUCAAAUACUUUCUAUCGACUAAUUACUAGGAAUCCAACGCUCAUGUUCUUUGUAUACAACAUAUAUAUAAACAUACACAAAAUAUUUCUCACAAAACACCAACGCUGCAUACAAUCAUUCACAGAGAGAAACAGACAUUUAUUUCCUAUUCAUUUGCUAGCAGAAGAUAAAAAAACAGACAAACAAGAAAAGACAAUUUAUUCAUGAUAUAAAUAUUAACGAAACCGACAGAAGCAUACAAAACAGUUAGCUAUAGAUGAAGCAAGUGAAACAAGAAAUGGAGGAUAUAAUCUAUUUUGUACAGCCAUUUUCAUAUUUAUAAGUCGUCGAAACUUCAAUCAAAUUGUAUAUUCAGAUGCAAUAAUGUAAAAUUAGCGCUCAGGUUUUGUUUGUUCGUUGCAAACAGUGGACAAAAAAACUUUAUUUGUUGAAUCUUUCCCCUCCCUGUAUUGCCAUACUAGCGAAUAAGUUGAUUUUUUUUUGUAGAUUAUGUUGCCAUUAUUUUCCAAGUCAUCGUUAUCCGUACUUACAGGAAACAAGUAAUCUAUUUGAUAGGAUAAAUCUUUUUAGUUGAUAUUUUAUCCCAAGAAAAAAUCAUGUUUCAGAAGAAUGUUUUUGCUGUACAACGAUUUUGUUUUAUACUUUUUAUUCGUUUGUAGGAGGAAAUUUACCCCAAAACGUAAAACAGAAAAGACAAACAGAUAACAAAUGUAGCUAAGAAGAAUUUAUAAUGAAAUAUUCAAGCUGCCGGCUUGAAGUGAGCGGAAAAAAAUAAUGACAACAAAAAAAAAGCUAUUUGAACAACAACAAUUAACAUUAAGCUGCUUGAUUUCGGUUCGUUUCGUGAAUAACUAACAGUUAAAAUGUACGGAAUAAAUAUAUAUAUAUAUAUAUAUAUAUAUAUAUAUUUAAAAAAUGAAUACAUUUUCGGCAAAAUAUGAAACGACAGAUGUAAUAUUAUGAAAACAAAAAAAAACAUACACACCCACUCUGUUCGAACAUAAGUUGUUAUAAGACUGAAGACUAU